CAUCAGCGAGGAGCUGUGACAGAAGUUAUGUUUCUGCUGCUUCUGCUGUCAGGUUGGUGUCAUCAUUUAAAUCUGUUUUCACAAGUAUAUGUGUGCACAUGCAUAUAUUUAAACAUGUUUAUUUUAACAGGACUUCUGUGCAGCGCUUCUGGUCUUUGGCGAGAGUAUCAGUACAUAAACAUAAGUAUGACAUGGACAGACGCUCAGAGUUACUGUAGAGAGAGAUACACUGAUCUGGCUACUGUAGACUCGAUGGAUGAUGUGAACAAGAUGAUGAAUACAGUGAAUGAUGGGUACAGUGGAUCAGUGUGGAUUGGACUGCAGAAGGGAACACAGAGUAAUUGGGUUUGGUCAAAUGGAGAAGAUACCAUUUCACAAUACAGUCCAUGGGCCCCAGGACAACCUAGUGGUGGAGAAGAUUGUGUUGUCUUUAAAAAUAAUACUUGGAACGAUUUACCAUGUGUAGACACAUGUUGGUUUCUGUGUUACAGUACUACUGGAUAUGUCAGAAUAUAUGAGGCGAAAAACUGGACAGAUGCUCAGAGUUACUGCAGACAAUAUCACACUGAUCUGGCCACCAUCCACAACUCUGAAGAGCAGAACCAAGUAAAUGCAGCUGUUGGAAAUGAGUGGGUAUGGUUCUGGAUCGGUCUGUACAAGGAAUCUUGGCAGUGGUCUGAUCAGUGGAACUUCACCUUUAAAAACUGGGCACCAGGACAUCCAUUCAUAAGUUCUGGUGACUGUGCUGCCAUGUCAACAACUGAUUCUGGUAAAUGGGUUCGAUACAGCUGUGACCAACAGUACCCUUUCAUCUGCUAUGGAGAGGACAAGUUAGUUAGAAGACAGACUGUGAGACUGAGCUUGUCCAAUGAUGGAAAUCACAACAUGAAUGAUCCUUCGGUACAGACUGCCAUUCUGAAUGAGAUAAGUGAAAAGCUGAAGAUCAUGGGGCUGAACGGCUUGAAGAGUAUAAGCUGGAAAAAGGAUGAAGUUGGAAAGGUGUUUCAUCUGACUGGCAGACAAACAAAUUUAGAUGAUGUAUGUAAAUAUAUUAGGAACUAAUCAUCAAUGUAUUUCUGUAACUUUAAAACAUACU